AUGGGGCGGUUCAGCCGCACUCACGAAUCGGAUACUACCGGCGAAGACAACCAAACACCCAUAACCCUUCCCGCCUCCUCCCUCCCACCACCCUCAACAUUCACCGAUGGCCUUCCCCUCCCCAGUUUCAUGGUCUUCGACCUAGACUACACCCUCUGGCCCUUUUGGGUCGACACACACGUCUCGGGACCUUUUAAAGCUUCUCCCACAGGUCUCACAGCCAAAGAUCAUUACGGCGAGGAAUGUGGAUUCUACAAUGAAGUUGCUCCGAUACUCUCGCAUAUCAAAGCACAUGGCAUCGUUCUGGGAGCUGCUUCGAGGACUUCAGCACCGGAACUUGCGAGGAGUUUGCUUUCGCUGUUGAGGAUACCGAGGGACUCGCAAGAUGAAGGGUCGGCGGCAAGGACGGCGAUCAGCAUGUUUGAUCAUAUGGAGAUCUAUCCUGGCAACAAGAUCACCCAUUUCAAGAGUUUACAUAAGAAAAGUGGGCUGCCAUACGAAGAGAUGUUGUUCUUCGAUGAUGAGAGCCGUAAUAAGAAUACAGAAGAGUUGGGCGUUGUAAUGCAGUUGGUGAGAAAUGGGGUGAGCUCUGCUGAGAUAGACGCAGGCGUGCAGUUAUGGAGGAAGCGGAACAAGAGGAUGCCAAAGGAGAACUAA